GUCCGGAGGUCCGAGCCGAGAGCCGCCCUAGCCGGGAACACCGCCUGCUCUUAGGAUUUCUACUGGCUGCAGGCUGCAAGGACACCGGGGAGACCCUCCAGCCGCGCAAUGGAGGCAGUGACCUAUGAGGAUGUGACCGUGAACUUCACUGUGGAGGAGUGGGCUUUGUUAGAUUCAUCUCAGAAGAAGCUCUACAAUGAAGUGAUGUGGGAAAACUUUAUGAAUGUGACUGCAGUAGGGAGAAGCUGGGAUGACCAGCAAAUUGAGGAUGAGUACACAAAUCACGGGAAUACUCUAAGAAGUGCAGACAUAGACCAAUGCUGUCAAUAUAAUUUCUGGUAUCAACACAAAGAAAUGGCUCUUAUGACUCCCAUUACAAAUGUACACAUGAAACUGCUUAAUAUAAAACCAGGGGAAGGCUUUGCAUGUGGAGAGCUUCUGAUUGGCCAUGCAUCACCAACCAUGCCUAUCACACAGAACCCUGGACUCAUAUAUGAGCUCCAUGGAUUUGAACAGAAGUUGUUUGACUGUAACAUAUAUGGGAAAACCUCCACUGACUCUCAGUCCUUUCUGAAACAUGCAAUGUCAAAUCCUGAAGAAAAACCCUUUGGGUAUAUACAGUAUGAACAAUCCUACUCUGAUUGCACUGAACAAAAUAAUGCUGAAAGGAAAUUCUUUUUAUAUAAGCAAGAUGUGAGAGCUUUCAGUACACCUGGCUGUGUUCAAAUCCAGCAAACAAAUCCCAAUAGUGUGGAUACCAUACAAUGUGGAAAAGAUUUAAAUUCUUACCCUGGUAUUCAGGACCAUGAAAGUGUUCAUAGUAGGACAAUAUUUUAUGUAUAUGAACACAGUUGGGAAUCCUUAAAUAACGCUUUGUUUUAUAACCAUGAAACAACUCAACUUGAGAGGAACCUCUACAUAUGUAAUCAGUGUGGGAAAUCUUUCGGCACAAUGAGUCAUUUUCGAAGACAUGAACGAACUCACACUGGGGAGAAACCCUAUGCAUGUAAGCAAUGUGGGAAAGCUUUUAGCACAAACAGUUAUUGUCAAACACAUGAAAGGAUUCAUACUGGGGAGAAACCUCAUUUAUGUAAGCAAUGUGGGAAAGCUUUCUACACACACAGUGAUUGUCAAAGACAUGAACGAACUCACACUGAGGAAAAACCUUACGUAUGUAGGCAAUGUGGGAGAGCUUUCACCACACGCAGUUAUUGUCAAAUACAUGAAAGGAUUCAUACUGGGGCAAGACCCUAUAUAUGUAAGCAGUGUGGGAAAGCUUUCGGUACACAAGGUAAUUGUCAAAAACAUGAACGAACUCACAGUGGGGAGAAACCCUAUAUAUGUAAGGAAUGUGGGAGAGCUUUCGGUACAAUAAGUGAUUGUAGAAAACAUGAAAGGACUCACACUGGGGAGAAACCCUAUGUAUGUAAGCAAUGUGGGAAAGCUUUUAGCACACACAGUUAUUGUCAAGCACAUGAAAGGAUUCACACUGGGGCGAAAUAUGUGUGUAAACAGUGUGGGAAAGCUUUCAGCACACGCAGUUAUUGUCAGAGGCAUGAACGAGCUCAUACUGAGGAAAAGCCUUAUGUAUGUGGGCAAUGUGGGAGAGCUUUUAGCACACUCAGUUAUUGUCAAAAACAUGAAAGGAUUCACACUGGGGAGAAACCCUAUGUAUGUAAGCAGUGUGGGAAAGCUUUUGGUACACAAAGUGAUUGUCAAAAACAUGAACGAACUCACACUGGGGAGAAACCUCAUGUAUGUCAGCAAUGUGGGAAAGCUUUCUAUACACAAGGUGAUUGUAAAAAACAUGAAAGAACUCACACUGGGGAGAAGUCUUUUGUUUGUGAGCAAUGUGGGAAAGCUUUCUGGACUCAAAGUGAUUGCCAAAGACAUGAACGAACUCACAGUGGGGAGAAACCCUAUGUAUGUAAGCAAUGUGGGAAAGCUUUCGGUACACAAGGUAAUUGUCAAAAACAUGAAAAGAUUCACAGUGGGGAGAAACCCUAUAUAUGUAAGCUGUGUGGAAAGGCUUUUGGUGCACAAGGUAAUUGUAAAAAACAUGAAAGGAGUCACUCUGGGGAGAAGCCCUAUGUGUGUAAACACUGUGGAAAAGCUUUUAACAGACACAGUGAUUGUAAAAAGCAUGAAAGGAUUCACACUGGGGAGAGACCAUACGUGUGUAAGCACUGUGGGAAAGCUUUCAGCAGGCGCAAUCACUGUAAAAUACAUGAGAGGACUCACUGGAAAGAAACCCAAAGUGUAUAAGCAAUGUGGGAACGAUUUUAGUGCACAAGGUAAUUGUAAACAAUGUCAAAGAACUCACUGGGGGAGAAGCCCUAUAUAUGUAAGUAAUGUGGGAAGUUUUCUCCAUCCAUAGUAAAUAUAAAAAACCACAUGGGCCGGGGAGAUAGCUCAGUAGAAUAAGCACUUGCCUGGCAAGCUUUAGUCCACUGAGUUCAAUCCCCAGUACCACAAAAUAAAAUAAAGUAAUCAUGCAAGGACUCAUACUGGGGUGAAACUCUUAGGUAUUUAAACUGUGGGAAAGCUUCUUUCAAAUCACAGUUGUCAAAGACAUGAAAGGAAUUCGUGCAGUGUAGAAACCCUAUGUAUGUAAUAUGGAAAACCUUUCAGUCACUCUUAAUCAUCAUACAUAUUUAAAAUUUUUAAAUAAACUAUAUAAAAUGACUUAUAGUGACAGUAAUCCAAUAUUUUAUUUUGUAUAUUUAGUACAGGAUCUACAAGGUCUCACUACACAGAUCGGACUCAGUGAUCCUGUUUUCAGCCGCCCAAGUGCUGGGAUCACAGGCGUGUGCCGCCAAGCCCAGUUUCAGUUCCCAUCUCAAGUGCACCCCGGGCGCAGGCCUGGCACGGCAUAUGGUGCCGGGGAUUGAACCCCAGUCCCUGUGCUUUGCCUAAGUAGGCACUUUAGCCCACUGAGCUAUCUGGCCAACCCUUAUACAAUAUUUUUAAAAGUCAGUACAGGUAUUAUUACAUACCUGAGAGAAUUCAUAGAACUUGAGAAUCUGAACAUAAGUGAACAAUGUGGGAAAUGUUUUAUUUUUCUCAGUGUAUUCAAGUUCAUCAAAAAUUUUCAUGAGAGGGCUGGUGAGAUGACUCAGUGGUCUAAAGCACCUACUUAGAACAAGCUUAGCAAA